GUGCUGUCGGAGCGAAUCGCGGCCGCCUGCAGCGAUGAAGCGAUGUCGGCGCGGGCGAAGGAGGUGGCUCUGAGCAUCAUGCGGGACUGGCGAGGGGUGGCUCAGGCUGCGGAUGCGGUGCUGGCUGCACGAAGCCCGUGGGACGAUCUCAGGGCCGCGGGCGCAAUCUGA